ACCAGCCACACCGAGCUAAGAACGUUCCACACACACACACACUCUUAAAAAAAAACACAAUCUAUUCAUCCAUCUGAAACCAAUUAGCUCAGCUAGCUAGGUUGUUGAUCUUAUCAAUGGCGGCGGCGGCGGCUAAAAAUGCACUAUUGAGUUACCUGCGUAUUAACGUAACACCGUCAUCAUCAUUUCAAAACCCUAGAUUAAUCGGCGGCGGAUUAACUCAGAUUUUCCGCCGUCAUUUCUCAGAGGAAGUUAGGGGUACUUUCCUUGAUAAAUCUGAAGUCACUGAUCGAGUUGUCACUUGCGUCAAAAACUUCCAGAAAGUCGAUCCUUCCAAGGUUACACCAGCUGCCCAUUUCCAAAACGAUCUUGGUUUAGACAGUUUAGAUACAGUUGAGAUUGUGAUGGCACUUGAAGAAGAGUUUGGGUUUGAGAUUCCUGACAACGAGGCAGACAAAAUUAACACCGUUAACCUUGCCGUUGACUUCAUUGCAUCUCAUCCCCAGGCUAAAUAAGGAGACGAUCUACUAUUUUGUUUGUUUGAAUUCAAACUGCAUAGUAUGUGCAUCAGGAGACUAUUUCCUCUGUGGCUUAUUGCUGUUAUCUUUCUUUAUGUCACUCUGCACUCACCCUUUCAUCAUGUCAUGUGCUGCUUCAUAGUUUAGAUAUUGGAUCAUUUUGUGGCUUUGAGAACGGUUUUGCAUAAUUCCAGGUAAUGGGAUAUUACUUUACUGUUACUUGGACAUUACUUUGCAGAUGCAUGUUGGUUAAAUAAAUGUUGUAUCUUCAUGCUUGAAUACA